AUGCGCAAGAGUACACCUAGCUCAUCCAGGCAGUACAUGCUUCCUCAUGUUCGGCAGCUGGUGGCAAUCUGGGGAUUCUACUUGAUUUUGUUGUUAGCUCAACUCAGCGCUGCAAAAUCAUCAUUGGAUUCGUCCGCCAAAAAAGUGUGUCAAACAGAAGCCUGCCAAGAAAGAGCUAAAAUGGUGUUGGCCAGCAUGGACCAGAACGAGGAUCCUUGUACUGACUUCUAUGAAUACGCGUGUGGAAACUGGCAAAAAAAACACAAAAUACGUGACGACAAGACAAAAAUUGGAAAUUAUCAUAUUCUUCAUGAGAAAGUUCAGACGGACCUAAAAAAUAUUUUAUUGAACGCAACGGUUAAGGAAGAAGAGCCGCAGAAUGCUACUAAUAAGGCUAUCCUGGCCUACAGAGUCUGCCUUUGUGAGACUGCCAACGAAACAGAGAAAUUUAAUGACCUGCUGCAGCUGCUUAAGAAAUAUGGCUUUACCAAGUGGCCACUACUGAAUGAAGAAGAAUCACCUUAUGAAAACUACACUCAACUACUCAACCAAUCAUCUUUUGUUCGAUUUGUUCGUUUAUUAAUAGACAUGGACGAUAGGAAUCCUCAUUCAAACGUGAUUUACCUCGACCAAAUUACGUUUGACUGGGCUGGUCGAGGCGCACUGGCAGAACAAGAUGAAGAAGUAAUCGCUGCCUACAAGAAGGUUAUUGCGUCAACUGCGAAGGUCUUCAGACCCAACUUAACUGAAGACGAGGCAAAGAAAAUUUCUCAGGAUAUAGUACAGUUUGAGGUCAAACUGGCAAAGCUCUGUAAGUCUGGUGAAGACAGGCGUAAUUACUCCUCAAUGUACAACGAAAUGAACAUAUCUAUCUUGGCUGAAAAGUACCCAAAGAUUGAAUGGCUGAGACUAUUAAAUAACGAGUUUGCAGUGGCCAAUGUGACACUCAAUGAGAGCGAACGUGUGAUUGUACAGGAGCCUAAUUACAUAAAAGAUAUUCAGGGAAUUCUGGAAAGAGAAAAUAUAUCUACGCUGUACAAUUUUGUGCACUGGAAAACUAUUGGAACUUAUGGUAGUAUGGGAUCCAAAAAGCUUGACAAGCUCUUCGUUGACUUUCACAAAGAGGAAAACGGCUUAAAGAAAGUCGAACCACAGUGGGAGCACUGCCUCACCAGUAUAUCAGGCAUAAUGAAAGACGCAGUAGGUCGUCUCUAUGUGGACAAAAUGUUUGAUCCCAAAGCCAAGGAAACUAUGGACAAAUUAGUGGGUGUGCUUCACAGUGCUUUUGGAGAGAUGCUUGAAAAUAAUACAUGGAUGGAUAACUCUACACGUAAGGAAGCAAUGCAGAAGCUUCAAAAAAUGGCAGCAAAAAUUGGUUACCCUUCUUGGAUGCUGAACGACACGCAUCUUAAUGGCCUUUACGAAUACGCGCCAGCAAUUUUUUUGAACUAUUCAUAUCUGAAUGCUUGGCGCAGCCUGGAGUUAAAUAGGGACAUUCAAAGACGCCUGAUUUUACGAAAACAAUAUAAGAACGAAGAUGACUUUUUCACAGGUGCGCCAACGGUAAAUACGUUUUACAGCCAAUGGACUAACGAAAUCAUCUUCCCUGCUGGAAUACUUCAGCCGCCAUUUUUUCAAAACGGUGUGCCUUUAUCAAUCAACAUGGGGGCUAUUGGGAUGAUUAUAGGUCAUGAAAUCGCUCAUGGGUAUGACAAUGUUGGAAGUCAAUUUGAUGGUGAUGGAGAGCUGCGAAACUGGUGGACCGAGAGCUCAGCGGAAGAAUUUGUAAAGAGAGCUCAAUGCUUUAUAGACCAAUACAGCAACGUUACCGUAAAGGAAGUGAACUUGACGCUAAACGGAAUAAAUACCCAGGGUGAAAAUAUUGCCGACCAUUCUGGCCUGAGAGCAGCGUACCUGGCAUUCAAAAAGUCUAAUGACACUGACGAGCUGCUUCCUGGGUUAAACUUAACCGGAGACCAGCUGUUUUUCCUUUCAAAUGCUAUGGUCUGGUGCGAUAAAAGUAGGGAAUCAAGGCUGAUAUCUGAUAUAUAUCAUCAACGCCACAGCCCUGGCAAGUAUCGGGUGAACCUUCUAAUGGGAAACUUUCCAGAAUUCUUUCGUGUGUUCUCCUGCAGUCCUAACUCAACUAUGAACAUUACAAACAAGUGCACCAUGUGGUGA